UUAAUUUGCCAAUUUACUCCAGCCAUGCAGCGAGUUAUUACCCAGACUCUUAGUAUUAUAAAGUAUUCGGGUUUUAGGACGAAAGUCCUGUUUUCUUGUUACAGGCAGACCGCAGCCAUGUCUACACUCAUGAUUAAUCAGCCCAAGUACUCCUGGCUGAAAGAACUGGGACUGAAGGAGGAAAACGACGGAGUUUACAACGGGACUUGGGGAGGGAAAGGAGAGGUCAUCACCUCAUACUGCCCUGCAAACAAUGAGCCUAUUGCCAAAGUCCGACAGGCGACUAUGCAGGAAUAUGAAGAAAGUGUGAAAAAGGCAAAGGAUGCGUGGAAAGUUUGGGCAGAUAUUCCAGCACCAAAACGUGGAGAAAUUGUAAGACAAAUUGGAGAUGCUUUAAGAAAGAAGAGUAAAGUUCUGGGCAGCCUGGUUUCCUUGGAAAUGGGCAAGAUCUUUGUUGAAGGUGUCGGAGAAGUCCAGGAGUACAUAGACGUCUGUGACUAUGCUGUCGGCCUCUCUCGAAUGAUCGGCGGACCUGUGCUACCGUCUGAAAGACCAGGCCAUGCCCUGAUUGAACAGUGGAAUCCAGUUGGUCUUGUUGGAAUCAUUACUGCAUUUAACUUCCCUGUAGCUGUUUAUGGUUGGAAUAAUGCCAUAGCGCUGAUCUCUGGAAACGUCUGUCUGUGGAAAGGAGCACCCACAACUCCAUUAACCAGUGUAGCAGUCACAAAAAUUGUUGCAGAGGUUUUGGAAGAGAAUAAACUACCAGGUGCUAUUUGUUCUAUGACCUGUGGGGGAGCCGAUAUUGGAACUGCCCUUGCCAAGGAUGAGCGAGUGGACCUUGUAUCCUUCACUGGCAGCACCAAUGUGGGGAAGCAGGUAGCCCUGACUGUACAGGAGCGAUUUGGACGGCAGUUGUUGGAGCUUGGUGGGAACAAUGCCAUAAUAGUUUUCGAGGAUGCUGACCUGAACCUUGUGAUACCGUCGGCUUUGUUUGCUGCUAUGGGAACUGCAGGACAGCGAUGCACAACAACUAGGCGAUUGUUCUUACAUGAAAGUGUUCACGAUGUAGUGGUUGAAAAAUUAGCCAAGGCCUACAAGCAAGUCCGAAUCGGCGAUCCUUGGGACCCUAGUACUAUGUACGGACCUCUCCACACCAAACAGGCAGUAGACAUGUACUUGGCUGCAGUUGAUCAAGCCAAACAGCAAGGGGGCACUGUGGUGUAUGGAGGAAAGGUGAUCGAUCGACCUGGAAACUACGUGGAGCCCACAAUUGUCACUGGUCUUGCCCACAAUGCACCUAUUGUCCACACAGAAACAUUUGCCCCGAUCCUGUAUGUGCUCAAGUUCAAGACAGAGGAAGAAGCUUUUGCAAGGAACAAUGAAGUAAAACAAGGACUGUCCAGCAGCAUCUUCACUACCGAUAUGGGCAAAGUGUUCCGCUGGCUGGGACCCAAAGGAUCAGAUUGUGGAAUUGUAAAUGUGAACAUUCCCACUAGUGGGGCUGAAAUUGGAGGAGCUUUUGGUGGUGAAAAGCACACAGGUGGCGGACGAGAGUCCGGAAGUGAUGCAUGGAAACAGUACAUGAGGAGAUCCACCUGCACCAUCAAUUACAGCAAGGAGCUGCCUCUUGCCCAGGGAAUCAAAUUUGAGUGAAAAUAAAGAUCUGAAACUCCCCCAAACCUCCAGCACUUCUAUAAGCUUUAAAAGGGAGAAUACAAAUCAUGUUCUCCUACAAGCUGUCAUUAAACCCAUGAUGUCUCAAUUUGGGGG